AUGUCGAGUCUUGGGCUCAUUUCGCUCGUUGUUCCAGAGAGGAAUCAGUUCCAGCACAUUAUCCGUCUUCUCAACACCAACGUUGACGGUAAGAACAAGAUCACCAUUGCCUUGACCUCCGUCAAGGGUGUUGGUCGUCGUUUUGCCAACAUUGCCUGCAAGAAGGCCGAUGUCGAUCUUAACAAGAGAGCCGGUGAAUGCACCAACGAAGAAUUGGAGCGCAUCGUCACCAUUCUCCAGAACCCUGCUCAGUACAAGAUCCCCAACUGGUUCCUCAACAGACAGAAGGAUAUCAUUGACGGCAAGUACUCUCAAGUCAUCUCCAACGUUCUCGACACCAAGAUGCGUGAAGAUCUUGAACGUUUGAAGAAGAUCCGCAACCACCGUGGUCUUCGUCACUUCUGGGGUCUCCGUGUCCGUGGUCAACACACCAAGACCACCGGUCGCCGUGGUAGAACCGUCGGUGUGUCCAAGAAGAAAUAA